GUUCACUUCUCCUCGCUUCUUUGGUUUGCAAAUGAGCGGAAAAUGACCAUAUAUUUUUGGUAUUUGACAGAACGGAAAUAGAAACACGCACCUAGACAACAAACUAUCGAUCCGAUACGUUUGAAUUGGUUUCUAAAACUUGCCCAGUUUAAUUUGUGAGGUGAACUUUCCUGGAUGAAAAAUGACCAGCCUUUAACAUAAUAUGGCAACCGAUCUGAUGGCGGUGAGCAGCGAUUCUUCUGUUCUCAAAAAGGAGCGCGCAAAUUCUAUUUCGGUGGUGGUAAGUUCCGCUUAAUUUCUCAGUGAAGCAGCGAUAUUCCAUUCCCUGAAGCAGUCGAAUUGGCUCAUUUUAAUUAAGGUUGUUUUUGAGAAUAACAUUCCUAGAUCUGACCGGACCAUCGACGGGUCUUUCAACCAUGAUAACAAUGAACCCCUUGAAGUAUGUUAUUGAUCUACGGGCAUUUAUCUCAUCAUAUUUCAUAAAUAACUAGAUCGAUGUAUCUUUAAUUUAAGCCUUAAAGCUACACAGAAUUGGUGGUUAUUUUGUCGGCUAGUAUUGGUGUUAUCUGUAGUGAUCAAUGAAGUGUUAACUUGUAAAAAGCUUAAGUACCUUGAUAUUUUUCUGUGUAAUUUUUACGCAGCAGGACGACGGCGAAUUUGGCGCUCGUCAAACUUCUGCCAGAUGGAAACUUCAACACAAGAGACAAGUUUUAAAUCACAAAAUAUUUCGGCAGACAAAAUUGCGAGACGGAGCAGAAAAUCUGAUGAAAGCUCUAAGGUUAGGUUUUGUUCUCUUGUCAAGGUUUCUCAGAUUAAGUUAAAAAGCUUUUACUGAAUUAUAAGCUUAGCCUACUAUAAAUAGAUUUUCUUGUGGGCAUCUGAUUUGAAUUUGGACGUGAACUCAAGCCUUAGAAACUUCAUAUCUAGUACUCUCCUGUUUUAUUUUGAUGUUAUUUUGUAAAUAAUAUAUGUUUAUUUUUUUUGUUUUUAAGCUUUAAAUUCUCUUGACCCGAUAGUCUGAAAAAAUUGUAGAAGAUUUCAAUUUUGAUUCACAUGUCUGAUUAAAACAAUUACGUAAAAGACACCAAUAAUGUUAAUUUUAUAAAUCAUAUUCUGUAAACCUCUUUCAAAUAUUAUGAUUUCCCUGCUGUUAGAGAGCUCUUGGAGUCUUUUUUAAAAUCCUUAGCCAUAAGUCUAUGACCUUUGUUCAAAAAAAGCAUUUGGCAAUUUUUUCACAGAUCUUUCACAAACUUUCGAAAGGCUAGCUUGCAAUGGCAGUUUGGUUAGAGGGGAAGGCUCCCCAGAUACUCAUGCCAUUAUGUGCUUCCAACUGGGGUUGUGAAGUUUCCAUGUGAUCAUCUGGACUGCCCCAGUUGUUUCAAGUUAGUAAUGUUCAGGUGAUUCAGCUGAUUUAAUAUGGAAACACUACCCGGAGAACAAUAAUGCCAAAGACCCCGUUCAAUGGGUUGACCUUGAUCGUGUGGAUAGAUCUAAGUUCUAUCUAGUAGGUUGGGAUGAUCAAGAAAAAUAUGAAGUGAUCAUAUGGAAACAGUUUCAGAUAAUCAAAACGAUCGAAGGCUAUCCCAAAAUUAUCACUCAUUUUGAAUGAGUCAUAUCAUCCACAUUUUUUUACGUUUCUUUUAUUUAUACAUGUAGGUAUAAGGGGCCUUUCUUGUAACAUACAUAAAAUGGCAACGAAUAACACAAAAAUGAGUUGAAACUAUGACAGCGACAAAGACAAGCAUUAAAAAAAUAGAAAAUUAAAGCAGGGAUGUGGCUUCCUUCUUAAUACAAACAACAGGUUUUGAAAUUCAGACUUGGGACAUACGUAGCCUCCUGUUAAGGAGGGCCUCAUGAUCCAGUGAUCCUGGGUUCAAGUCUCAAUUUGAGCUUUAGCUGGAGUUGAUUUUCGACAGUCUUGAGUUCAACUCCUCAUACAGCCAUAAUUGUAAGCCAAUUAAACAACUGGUUAACUUUCACCACUUCGGGUUUUAAUUUUGUCUAUGCUGUUAUCUUGAGAUUAUUAAUUUGUUUGUCGCCCUUGAGUUCAAUCAGGGCUGUCAUUAAGAGUAGGGAGCCGGGGAUUGAGUGUGGUCUCCAGCUACUCUUAUUAGAAAAUAGAAGAAACAUAGAACCAAAAGAAAUCCCUAGCUGUUUGAUUCCCUACCUACUUGUUGUAUCUACCUGGGAACUUGAAAUCUUAUUGACAACCCUGACAACAGAGUGCCUAUUAAAAAACUAGCUAUAGUAGCUUUUUAAGUCUGGUGGAAACGGUUUUGCACCUGAACAACCAAGGGUGCCACAGGGAUUUCAAUAAUAAUUGAAGUAGCCAGCAGGUUUGAGUAGAGUACUCGACUGUCUCAACAAAGGGGCUCUUAAUCCUCACCUCUAGGGGGUUCCCAGGGCAUGCUCCCUCAGAAAACUUUGAAAUUUCAAAGCCCUUAAAUGCGAUUUCAAGCGUUCUGGGGACUAAAUUGAGUAUGAAAGAGUGUGUUUUUCUUUCAAGAAAAUGUAGCUUUCAUUCAGGUUCUGAUUAUCAACCACACAACUAAUAAUUACAAGCAAUGAACAAACGUACAUUUGAACGAGAACAAAAUUAUGUGUAAACCUCUAAAGAAACUUGUGAAGAAUUGACUGAAGUACAGCGUUUGCAUAACUAAAGCAUAACUCAAAACCAGUGGGCCUUUACAUUUUCAUUCAGAUUUUAUGAUAUGUUAUUUGUUUAUGACAUCAUAAGCACUAGGUGCUUCUUCCUUCGUGGAGAAAAGUAGCCAACUUCUCUGAGCAAAAUAACUGACACGUGUCGUCGAUCGUCGGUGCUUAUCGAAACCCCUGGUGUCAGGUUCUGUUUCCCAAACUGUGUCUGCAUGCCAAAGUUUCAACACUGUGUUUUAGGAAUUUCUUUAAAAAUAUGAAAAAAUAAAUUGUCUUUGAAAGUGGUUAAACAACAAAUAGUUUGCUUUGUUGCAGGUUAACGAAUGAUCGUAAAACAAAACUUGCUGUCAAGACAGAGUUGAGUUUUGCCAAUUCUCAGCUGGAUUUGCUGAAAGAAGAAUUGGAAGGGAUUAACAGUACAUUUGAUGUCUAUCAAUUUGACAGGUGUGGUAUAUACAUACAUGUAGAUGUUAUGUUGGGGAUAAAUUUGUUGUCAAAGUAAAGUAAGGUUAAAGGCUUUUAACAUAGAUUGAUUCUCAAUUUCCUUUAAUGUCUCUGUUGUUAAUAAAAGAUAAUGGCCACAAUACAAAGGAAAGUGAGAAUCAACCUACCAGUAGCUUAAAAAGUUUUAAACCUGAAUUUCAUUUUGACCCAUGAAAUACAGGCUGCAUUUAGAUUAUAAUGCAGGUUGUGGAAAAAUAAUGUAGAAGGUGAUUAUUGAAUUUUAUAACUAAAGUUAAUAUUCCUGUCUGGGAAGUCAGCUGGAAUUAAAAAAAAUACAUGUCUAUUAAUCUUCUGUGAAAGGUCAUUGAGUAUGCGUUAUUUGAAGCAAACUUUGAUUUUUCUAUCUUGAGAGAGUUAGAAUGGCCAUUUCAUACUAGCAAUGGAUUAAUAGACAGGCCCCAGUAGUUCAAGAAAUAGAUAACACUAUCCAAUGCAUAAAUCUCUAUCUAUUAGCUGACACAAUUCGGAGUGCAGAGAAAAUUGUUUUUACAGCUUGCCAUUUGGGCAAGCUGAUGCUAGCAUUUACUAGCUCAGAUGUCAUUUCAAUUAGCCCCCAAAACUUUUUGACUAGCAGAAUUGAUUUCACAGUUCUUCUUUUAUUUGAAUUCCUCAAAAAACAUCACUUUCCCAUCGGGCAAGUCUAAAACAGAAUCCACUAGCCCGAUAGCAAAAUCCAUUAGCCCUGGGCCAUCGGACACUACCUUCUUUGCAUGCUGCAAUUGGUUCCCCUGAACCUUAUCUGCUGGACAGUGAUUUAUCCAGUGGAUAAUGCUAUGUACAGUCGACUCCCGGUAACUCUAACCCUCUAUAACUUGAACCUCCUGCUAACUCGAAGCAAUUUUCAUUUCCCUUCAGAACAUUUGCUGUUUAAUUUUACCCUUGAUAACUCGAACCUCCGAUAACUCAAACUUUUUUCUGUUUCCCUCAAAGGUUCGAGUUACCAGGAGUCGACAGUAGUGUUUGAACAACCCGGGCCAGAUGGAUAAAAUCAGAUGGAUUCUUCAUUAAUCCAAAGUGAACACUAUCGUAUUUUAACAUCAAGACAGAUUAUCCAUCUGUCAAAUACCCCCUUUGAGAUGUAUGAAGUAUGAAGACGGCCAGUGCCUGUCUGCAGAAAAAAAGCCUAGCCAACAUUCCCGUCUUGAAAGAUUGACAGUCACUAAUUUAUUACAUGUGUUAUUACUAUUAAUUUAGUUUAAUGCAUUUGUUUGAUAUGCAAUUUAGGAGUGUUGAGCACCAGAUCCCUUUGAUUGCUGUUGGUCUCAGAGAAACAAAGGAUCUUGAGUUCAAGGCUAAUUUUAAAGUUAGUACAAUAACUAGCUGCUAUACAGUGUAACUGCAAAGUAUACAGUAAUACUUGUCUUAUCAACUUAGAAAGUUCAUAAUCAAUUUCAGCUAACUCAUUUAAGAUCAUCUUCUCUGAAUCACUCAACUCAGCUGGUGGAACAAGAUCUUGAUGUAAUAUGUCGGCUUUUUUAAUUUCAUAGCUUUAUCUGUUUCAAAUAUACCUGUGAAUGUCAUUAUUUGUAUUUUUUUACCUUUCUACAGAUUUGAGCAAAAAGUCAUAUACUGUAAGCUGAUAAAAUUCCCCCAUUAAUGAAUAACCUAUACAUUGUUGAUUUAUGUAGUGUAACUUAAUCAUAGUUGAAAACUGAAAGGGUCAGGAAGGUUCUUUUUGUGUAAUAAUGUACAAUCAAUAAAUGUAUUAGUCAUAUUUCAGGCAGUAUUGCAGAUGUACCUUGUAUGCUAACCAUACUGCCUAUGCAUAGGAGUAAGAUUCUUUAAGUUUUGCAUAACCCAUCCCCCCCCCUCCAUCCCCUUCUGCCUCUGCUAUCAAAAAUGCUAAAUUUUGUUUGCACUUUAGCUUGUCUAAGGCAUCCUUCAGUUGUGUUUGGGUAGAAUUCACUUUAAUUUUCACUGUAUUCUCUGUUCUAAAGUCAUUUUAUGAAUUUACUGUACAUAGCUCACUGUCUUAUAUUAAUUGGUAAUGGUGAGUUAUAUGGAAUAUUGCUGUGUAAAAAUUAUGUGCAAAUGCAUUUUCUUUAUCCUUGAUUACUACCAGGUCUCUUACAGUGUAUAAUACAUGUAGCCCAAGCACUACUACAUUUAUUCACUGUAGUUUGCCUUUUACAAGUAAAAUGGGUGUCUAGAAAACAAAUACCCCUAAGACCACUAAGACACCCACCAAAUGAAUCUGAACUUAAUUGGUUAGGGUUAGGAAACUGAGUGAAUCAGGUUCCAUUUAAGUCAUUACACUGGACAAACUGACCUGAAAGUUAAUUAGCUGAGUUUCCUAGCUAAUCAAUAAAGUUCAGAGUCAUUCGGUGGGGUCUUAGGGGGUCCUAGGGGUCUUUGUUUUCAAGACUCCCCAAGUAAAACCCUCUAGGCAACCGCAUGACAUCUCAUAGCAAACCAAAAGCACACAAAAUAAUUAUAUAAAAGUAUUAUUUUUUAUUUCUUUCUCAAGUUUACUUCUUUUGUAAAAUUUUAAAUCCCUUGGCUUCAAUACUUUAAUAGUCCCCAUUCUAACAGCUGAUAAGCAACUUGACCAGGUGGUAAUGAUUAUUUUGUUUCAUUUUAGGAUGUUAUUUUGUAUCAUUAUGGUGAAGCUCCAGACGAUUAUGAAAAGGAGUUGGAGCUGUUUGAAAAUCUUAGAAAGGUUUGUUUAGCAACUCAUAAAAAUAUGUUUGAGCAAGACAGAACAUUAGAAUGAGAUAUUGGGCGCUUUCCAUUUGACCUCAAGUUCUGAAAAUUUGGAAAUGGUGGCCUAUGGCACAGAAAUUUCUGCCGAAAAUUUCCAGAAAGACAAAAAAAUGCAGGGUGCUCAUUAGGCAUCAGAGAUUGGAGAAUUCUCUGUUUACGGUGAAAAAUUCUCUCGCUAAUGUUCGGUAGCCUGUGACCAUUUUUUAUUCAGAUGAGGAGCCUCUUUCAAAAUAUUUUCCUGUAACGUUACACCUUUCUCUUGCUACUAGAAUGCUUUAUAAAAACUCUGGAGCUGUUAAAUUUCUGAAAUGCGAACCAUUGAACCAAAAGUUCAGUCAAUUAAGGGAGCAAAGUUAAAUGAAAAGAAAAGUUUCAGGAAGGAAUUAUUGCAAAUUUUUGGACACCACGUGAGGUUGUCCUCUUUUUUAAAAAUUUUUGAUAAUGCUUUUCCAUUCGCUACUAUAAGUUGCUGAGAAUCUAAACCAGAAGUUUUGGUUAAAUGAAAAGCUCCCAUUAUGUUAAAAAAAUUCCCAUUCACCAAUUUCCUUUAGACCAUAUAAUGCACUUGUUUACCCUCCAAAACCUUGCAUAGCCAUUGUCUUUGAAUUCUCUUGGCAUAUGGGACGACUGUUAUGCCCAGUAGAAUUUGGAAGCAAUGGUUAUGCAAACUUUUGGGGGUAAACAAAGUGCAUUGUGGUCUAUGUGAAAAUGGUGAAUAUCAAUGAUAUAACCAAUAUUUGUUUUUAUUGCAUUAGGGUGGAUUUUCACUUUUGCACAUGAAAUUUAUUUUCGUAAAUUAUAAAUUUGCAAUGUAUAAAAGGCUUUGCAUAUAUGUAUCCGUAAAAGUUAAACCUUGCUUGACUUUUACAUUUUCAAGAAUUGCCUCUUGGCCAUAAAAUUUUUCUGUAUGCACUUAAAAAGUUAUGACUGGAAAUCUACCUAUAAGAGGUAAUUGCAUAGUUUUGUCAUUGCAAAUAAAGGCAUAAAGUUAUUGGACUCUUGUAAGAAGGAGCAAAAUAUUAAUAUUAUUGUGGGCUUGGGCCUCUUAUAGUUGGGUUCUCCUCUUGCCACUGAUGAAAAUUGCUGUCUAGAGAACAGAGGAGCAUUGGCAAUAUACACAAAAAAGUUCCACUGUACUUGUGAUAAAUUUAAUUGAUAAAAAAAAAACAUGACGUAAAUAAUUACUUUAAAGUGAAGUAAAUGUGGAUGAAUUAAGUUGUCUUCCUUGUGGCUAAAAUUAAUUAUUUCCCUGGUUACUUUAAGUGCAGUGAAAUGUACUUUUCAGGGCCCUCAAAAUUAAUUACAUGAAGAACUUUCUUAACUCUGGGUUAAACACUGAUCAGGCCCAAGUACUGUUGUGCACCCACUUGAAUUUUUCCUCCUCCUUCUCAAAACUUUCUGGAGAACCCUUAUGCGAAUUAUCCUGAUAACUGGCUUGUAGCAACUGGGUUUUAUUGUGGCAACUGCAUGCAAGUAGACUGUCCUCUGCAACCCUGUGAAAGUUUUUGUGAAGAGAGUUUAAACUGUAGAAGUAUUCUGUAUCAUUAUUGAUGCAGCAAUGCUGUUCUGCACCAGUUAAAAAAAUUAUUUUGCAAAUUUUUUUUGGUCUAGUUCGAAUUAUGAGGUCAAGCCACGAUUACUGUAUAGAAUCAAAACCCUGUUUCAGUUCACAUUCAUCAAACUUCACCGAAUCUUGUAGACAUUGUUAGGCUUUUUGUUUGCAGCUGUUGCGACAACAAUAUAAACUAUACUAAUCAGUUCUGGUGCAAACUUGUUUCUGGAACGAGUUGGAUAAAUAAUAGACUAACCUUCAUUAGCAAAUUUCCCGCUAAUGCAUAUUUGUUGCAUUUGAAGGGUGUUAAGGUGGAUGCUAAUCUCUGAGCUGUACUGUAAGUUGAUUUGAUUCAUUUCCAACUUGUUGUUGUUGUUCCUAGGAAGCUGUGUGCAAGGUCAGCAGAGAUGAGGGUGGUAUUCAUGCUUUGUUCUCGUAUUACAAUCAACUGUAUUUUGUGGAGAAGAAAUUCUUUCCUCAAAGAAAAGGAGUAGCCAUGCCAGUUUACUUUCACUGGUAAGACAACUUAUGAUAAUUAUGAGAAGAUACUAUAUAACUUUACUUCCAAGAUAGCCUACCUAGUAUGCAAAUAAAAAGUUUGUUAAUGGCACAUUAAUAACCAAGGCAUCUUAAAUAUUAAUGUUGUAGAGAGAGAGUUAGCUGAUAACACCAUUAUCUUAAAAGGCAUUUCGCUAUAUUUGAACAUUACUUAUCAUUCAGAAUAGUAAUAUUAUUAUUCACCUUUCAACAAUAAUUAUUGAAGUUUUGCUGUCUUCUAAAGGUUUGAUAUGACAACUGGUCUACCAAAAAUACAGAGGUCUCUAGCAUUUGAAAAGGUAUGGCCUUGUCACUCUUCCAACUGAAAAUAGUGAUGUGAUGUAUAAAAACCCACAUAAGAAACCCUGACUUUUGGCAACAGGCUGUGUUAUGAAGCAAGAGUGUAGCGUGAUUGAGAGAUGGCGUGAUUUUAUUCCUUUUAGAUUUUGUUAUUAAUAGUUUCACUGGUGUGUCAGAGCGACAGAAAACUUGAUGACAGAUCGGAUUAAAAACUAAAGCUUAUAGAUUCACUGAAGUCACGAUUUCGUGUCAUUUGUGAGAGAGCCAUUGUACUGUGAGGAUUGAAGCUGUGAAAUAAACCCUGUUUUUGCUUAAAACUGUGAUAUCGUGAAGAACGACCCUUCGGCAUUCACGACAGCUGUAACUCAGUUUUGUAUCCUUCGCUAUAGAGAGUCUUGUAAAUGGUGCUUUAGGUUCUUUCUUCAAAGUUUCUUGUGAAAUACAAGUUUGUGCAGCAUCGAAAUAAGCUUAAUUUCUUCACUUCAACAUUGUUAAUUUGUAGAGUAAUCUACAAAUCUCUACAGGAAAUAGACUUUGUUACUGGAAAAGAGGUUUCAUAAAAAGCCAGGUGAAAAGAUGCCUCCUGCCUUAGGAUUUUGGGGGCAAGGAUCAGGGCAGCUAGUGUAACGGAAGAAAUUCUUUAAAGAUACAUACUAUUAUUUUCCUUUUUUAAUUGUAAUAAUUUUGAUUGCAGGCUAGCAUUCUCUUUAACAUUGGUUCUAUCUGGAGUCAAAUUGGAGCAAAGCAAGUAAGGAGACUUAAUUGAAUGCCUAAGUUUGCAUUGCAAAGAUAGCUAUAACCUGCAAUCAGGUGGGGGUUUUUUUUAGAAUAAAGUAGGGAAAAAGAGCAAUGCCUUUAUUUUUUCAUGACCACCAUCUUCCCCUGCUUUAAAAUAAUUAACAUCUGGUUGACUAGUCAUAAACAUGGCAUGAAAAAAUGAAAAUGCCUGCUCUUUUUACUCUGGAAAAUCUAAACAAUAACUAUGUUCAGGGAUCGUUUCUUCUAAAAAUUAGCAAAAGCGUGUUUCUGUGAUUGAGUAGCAUCAGCUGGAUUUUUAUUUCAAUAUUAUUUAAUCAGCCACAAAAUCACAAAAAGAAAACAUAAGCUGGUGGGAAUCUUGGCACUAAAUUGGUUUUGUUUCAUUCAAGUGUCGCUUUCCUGUGGGACGUCAAAUCUUAUCUUCAGCCAUUUAAAACAGAACCGUACAUCUGGAGAGAUCUACAUCUUGAGAAAGUUUUCCCCAUCAUGUCCACAUUCCUAUGCAACAAAACUAUUUCCAAAACAAUGCCUUUGCGGGAAGAAAUCCCCUUCCCCCAGUUUAAUGUUGCUUCCUACAAACGCCCAGGGAUCAGGCUUUCUUUUGAAUACACAACAACACUGCUUUCAGGAGAAGGGGGAAAAACCGGUACAGCUACGGUGUUUAGAAAAAUGUUCCCUAAGUAUACAAUUUCUCAACAGUUUUGUCCAAGAUUGUGGCCUGUAUCACAGAUGUAAUUUAACCUCAGUUAGUAACGUCUGCGAAGCAGCACCAAUAUCCUUCUUCUGUGCCCCCAGUGGACCCAACUAAUUUGGAAUUUCCUUUCAUACUGAUUGGUAAAUCAACCAGCGUGCAAAGAAAAAAGUGUCCGAUAGCCUGGGGCUAGUGGAUUUUGCUAUCUGGCUAGUGAAUUCUGUUUUUAACUUGCCCAACGGGCAAGUGAUGUUUUUUUGAAAAUCUGAAUAACAGAAGAACGGUGAAAUCAAUUCUGCUCAUCAAAAAGUUUUUGCCGUGGGGCUAGUUGAAAUGACUUGUGGGCUACUAACUGCUAGCUUCAGCUUGCCUGAAUGACAAGCUGUAAAAAUGAUUUUCUUUGCACCCUGAUCAACAGUGGCUUUUUUUGACAAACCAUUCAUUGCACUUACUCAAAUCUUGGUACACAGGUAGUUGCCCAGAACAAUGAUUUUGGUGCUGUUGUGCAGACAGACUUAACCAGAAUUUAGUUUUGUCUGUGGUGCAGGCUACCUUUUUGCUUAUCAAAUUAACAGUUUCGUUUUAUCUUGUGUUACCUGUGGAUUCUCCACUCCAAGGGGUUGGAUGCUUAUUUGGGACAGGGCAAAUAAGUACUGACAUUUCAUAAUUUUCCCUUUAUGAAGGACAGAAGAACUCAAGAAGGUCUUACCAAGGCAAUUGAUGUUUUUCAGAAAGCUGCUGGUUAGUGUGAAAAUAUUCAUUCGUAAAUUUCUAACAAUCAUUAUAUUAUUCAUUCAAAGCAUUUUUCCGUUACUGAUUAAGUAAAAUACCAUGCAUUUUUCAUCAUAACCAGAUACUGUCGACCAAAUUUGGAAGAAUAUGUGAAGAAUGACGUCAAUCUGCCUUGGCAGAUAACACCCUCCUCAUCCUCCAUAAUUCUUCAGAUGAUACUCAGCCUCUCUCAAUAUUGCUUAUUAUUUUUCCAGGUGUGUUCAGAUUUAUCAAAGAUAAUUUCAUCAACUCUCCAAGUGCUGACUUAACACCAGAGCUAAUGGACAUGUUGAUGGCUGUUAUGCUGGUAUGUUACCAACAUGUCAAUUCUCCUCGCUUGUUCUUCUGUAUUCUUUUUGCAUCUUUUCUGAGAAUUCAAUUGCUCAUCAGUAGUAUCCUCCUCGAAAAACCUGCAAAGCUAAAAAAAAAACUUGGAUUCCAGCUUGUCUUUUGGGAAAGCAGCUAUCACAUUUUGCUUGUGUCCAGGGUGUAUAUGCAGUACUGUAAAUUCCAUGUAUAAGCCCCUCCAAAUGUAAGCCCCCCAAACUCGUAAUGCAAAAAACCCUCUGUUAAAUCGCCCCUCCAAAUCUAAGCCCCCCUGGGGGCUUGUACUUGGAAAUUGCCGUCAAAUACAAAGUAAAAGAAAGCAGAAAUGGUAAAUUUCCUUCCAACUAUAAGGCUAGCCCAAUAUAAGCUGAAUAUAAGCCCUUCCAAAAAUAAGCACCUCAAAAAGGGCCUUUGAAAAAUAUAAGCCCUGGGGCUUAUUUUCAGAAUUUUACAGCAUUUGGUGAUUUAUUAUUUUUCUCUCUUGAAGCAACUAUUGAGUCAUUUCAAAAAAUCCAGCAUAAGGUAAAUUUGUGUGUUUUUUUUGGCAGGCUCAAGCUCAGGUUUGUAGGUGGGAGGAACGUCUUCUUGAAGGAAUAGAAAGCAAACUAGCAGACAUGGUUAGCGCAGCUCAGGAGUGUGCUGAGGUAGAGUAUUAAUAAUAACUGACAGAGGUAUUAAUAUAAUAGCAAUUAUUCACUGAAGUAGAAGUGGCUAGUCGUGCAUAUUUACUAAGCUGCAACGCAGCGAGGUUAAGUAUCCACUACUAGCCACCGACACUGAGGUGAAUAAUUGCUUUAGUACGUACUAAAACAGUGAGAUAAUUGAGGAAAAAAAUGAUGAUUUUUAACUCAAAUACUGUUGCCAGCGAUUACAAUUUUGGCGCGUAAUGACCGAAUGGCCGGGCCCGUUGCUUUUUCUUGCCGGCAAAUAAUGCUUUUGAAGGCUUUAAUUUGUUUAGCUCUUGCGGGGAAAUUUCUUCAAAAGGAGUUGUGAAUUCUUUUUGUAUUUAAAAAAGGUUAUUAAGUUUAGUUUUAAGCUUAUUUAUGAACAAGUCAACUAAAUAAAAUAAUGCAAGACUUAAGCUUAAUUUGCAUUUGUAAACAAAAAACUUUUUGACCAGUUUUAUCGAUAGAUUCUAGUAAAAAAGACAAAGCUUUACCUGUUAAAACUUCCAAAUCGAACUUCGUCACCUUCUUCGUGUAUUUCGGGAACAGCUUGGUUAGUUGUGAAGUUUCUUUGUUUGUUACGGCAGCAAACCAGGAAGGCAUUUUACUCGCAACUUAGGCGAGUUUGGCGUCGCUCGCUCAGAGGAACUGGAGGUGGAUCAGUGAAUAGUGCAGGAUAUUCACUGACUGAGUAGCCAAUCAGAGCGCAAGAAAAACACUAUCCACUGUAUUAGUAUAUACUAAAUAAAUUUAUACAUGUAUUCCCAUUCAUUUCAAGCUUGCUAUUAGAGGAGAAGAAAAAGUUUGGGAGGAUUAUUUUUUUUUGUCAAUAACUCAUGUGAUUACAUACUGAAUUAAUAAUAUUAUACCCCCCCACCUGCCCCCUUGAUACUGGAUCUCUGUGUUAUGUCAAACAUAUUAUCACAUGUCAAUUUCUACUUUGUAUAGUUGCAGUUAAUGCUUAUGGCAGUUUAAGGAAAUCAUUGAUUCUGGAAAUCACACUGUAUGCAUCCUAGCCUGCAUAACAGGUGCUUUAUGAGCCAAGCGAGAUGAACGUGGCAUUUUGUGCAAAGUGCGAAACAAGUGCAGCAUCCUGAUUGUUAUUAGCUACAGCUGUGAUCUUUUGAUUACUUUCUGCAGGUUAGUAAUAGAUACAAAAGGGCACAGAUGAUGAUGAAUGCUGGAAUCUGCUUGAGUUGUGUUCCUUCUUCUUGGAAAAACUUGAUGUCGGUGAGUUGUAUGAAGUGUUAAAUUUUGGCUGACUUCUCCAUUGUAUUAAAGGCAACAUAAUUUUAGGCAAUAAUGAAUGACAGCUGUCUGGUAAUAAAUUUAUUGUUAUUAUUAAUUACAUGAAAUUUACUUUAUUUGAAGGUUAUGUGUCUCCACUACAAAGCCUUAUCGCACUAUUAUGUUGCAGAUGGGUUGCUGAAAAGUGUUGGUAAGGUCUGAUAAUUUAUCUAGUGUUUAGUAUCAAAAUAUUACUGCAUUAGGGCUUUUACUAAGUCACUACGUUAAACAGCUCAAUUGCUACCUCCUUUCACUGUAUUGUUUCACCCAUUGGCAAAAAGUCCCAUCUGGGGACGCAAUACAAUUUUUUUGUUUUAAUAUUCGGUAGGUACUCCCAGUGAUGAAGAACAAAAAGAAAUAGUGAUGUCGUUAUUGUAUACAUCUCAGCCAGAUGGUAAUGCCACCAGGCAAAAACAAGGUAAUAAUUCUCUUUCUCCUCCAAAAUGUGACAGCAAAUUUCACUCUGAUGUUAUUGCAAAAUUGUCUCUUUUCCUUUGUGUGAAAAGUCAAGCCUUAGAAGAAAGGAAGUGCUUUUUGUAGAUCACCCUGUCAAUUUUAAUAAUAGAAACAUAUUCACCUGGAUAGUCAGAGGGGAUUUUAAUGCAAUAUCAAACUUAAUUUGCUAAGUUGCGAUUUUUAAGAAGCAGGAAAUUUCUGCUAUAUAACAGCAUUAUAAUGCCAAAAGUUGACCCUGUCAUGUUUUAGAAGUGAAGAACGACAACAAUAAUAUUAUUUUGGAAUUUCUGGUUAGAUCAAACUACAAUGGUCACGUUAUCUUUUCUUGUUUCAAAAGGCUAACUUGCCUGUUUUUGUUCAGUGGUAGAAGUUACUUUACAGUCCCUGCUAAGAAAUUGUCACAUAUGCCGGCUGACCAAUUUGGUGGUCAUGUUGACUAUUGAACUAAGCAUGUCUUUUCUACCAGCAAAAAAUGAAGUUUUUCUUUAACUUAGUUUAUUAAUAAUGUGGUCAUUAGCACACGAGCUAACAUACAUGGUUAAAUUUCAGCCAAAGCACACCUUCAUUCUGCCCUAAAAUUGCAUGAAGAAGCCAUGAAAGCAAGACAGAUUUGUAGGCAUUGCAGAAAAAUUGCAGGUCUACAUAAGGUAAAAUAGCAACAAAUGAGAAAUGCAUUAUUUUACAACUUGAGGAUCCUUGCAUGAAUUUUUUAUAACAAAUUGUCUAUCAGACAUUGUCAUACAUGUUAGUUAUAAUUUAAAUAGGGCAUAUUAUUUUCCAUCCAAUUUUUUACCAGGCUCUUCAAGAAGCUCGCAUGACAACCACCAACACACUGGUUGCUAUGGAAGAAGAAGAUGACUUUGAUGAUCCUAUGACCCCUACCCCAGUAAAAGGUCUGUUUAAUGAUAUCAAGGUUUGCAUAUACCAGCAGCUUGUUGUUUAAUGUCAUGUACGCUUAAUAUUUUUGUCCAUGUUCUUCCCAAUGCCUUAAUAAUGUUAUUGCGGCAGGAAUUUUUCAAGUCAUAGUAACUUAAUAGGAGUUUUAUUUUGCAGCAUUGCCAAGAGUAAAGGCCUGUUGUAUUCAGCCCAACUUCAACAGUGCAUCAGUAGAAGACUUGUUUCACAAACUGGUAAGCAACUCAGUUACCUUUCUAAGCAUUUUUAUGGCUCAUAUCUUUAAUUAUCUUAUGUAGCUGUACUCUGUCAUGUGUGACUAUUAUUGCCAAAAUUUAAGUGCAUACAUGGGGUGUUUUGAACAGACAGAAAAUUGUUGUUGCCCGAAAUAUCUGUAUGUCUAAACUGUUCGUCAGUAGGAUGCCUAAAAUGUGUGCAAUUCCACAAUUGGUUUCGGCUCCAUUAAAUCCUAUACCAAUUGCAGAACAUUUUAGGAGGAGCCACCCAUAUUAGUGAACUUAUGCAACAGGACGGGAGAGGAAAGAAGACGGCAAACCUUGUGUGACAAGCGUGACAAUAAUUUUAUUUGAAACAACUUUUCGCCAAACUUCACUUUCCUUUAAACAGAUCUUUUUGUAAAGGACCAGAAAACCUUGGUGUUCAGUGAAGAUCACGACAAAACCCACAAGUGAUAGCCCUGUCACGUUUGUCACACACAGCUGUUUUGCCGUCCUCUUCUUCCUGCCGUCCUGUUGCGUAAACUCACUAAUGUUACAGCACAGUUACUGACAAGGCCUAUGAGUGGGAAGCCAGUCUAUUGCAGUGUGUUAAAUAAUGAAAAUAAAAAUACAGUCACACCAGUUAAAAAAGUGAAUAAAGCAUGUGCAAUUUUGGGAUUAAAAUUGCAUGUGCACACACAACCUACACCAAAAUACUGGAAGAAUUCUGGAAUAAUUAAAUCAACAAAGGAUAUGGUGGUACCACGCAACCAUUGAUUGCCAGUGUCAUCACCCUGGGUGUAGUGUUAUACUUCUUGACGAUAAUGCUAUGACUCUUGAAGAACUUGCUGGUUGAGUUGGUGUGGGGUCAUGUUUGAAUUUUUACAGAUGGAACUAUAAAAAAAGUUAAUUUAUCAUUUUUGAAGCAAUCACUAGAGAGAUCUUCAAGGUUUCCUUCAAAUCUCAAACUUAGAGAAAUUUGGUCUCCUCAAAUGGCCAUGUAAUGUUCUAUUUUAUUAUGGAAACACCAAUGAAAUACUAAACCAUUCACUAAAAUAUCUUUUGCUGUUAAUGGCAUGAUUUAUUAUUAUUUAUGUAAAUGUAGUAUGCCACCACUCCUUGACCACCAGGUAUUUGUAAAGUAGUAUAAUAUUGGAUGGACACAAAGUUUACUUUAAAAAAUACCAUUUUCUUUUUAGGGUCCUGUCCACAUCUUCAAUGCAAAAUCAGAAUGGAGUGCAACAAAAACUGUCACGCUGGAAAGAAGAAACGGUGGAUAUGGCUUCAGUGUUAUUGGCUCUGCUCCUGUGAUUGUACAGAGCGUAGAGAAAGAAGGAGCUGCAAAGGUGAUUUACACCGACAUUAACUUACUGUCCAGGGAUUUAUAAAUAUUCUGCAAAGAUGAUCCUCUAAUAAGACAGUCAUGAUAGUGGAAACUCUGGUAGGUACAAAAAACACAGGUCAUAGGUCACAAGUGCAAGUCACUGCUCUACUGAUAUAAAAAUAAGAAUAAUUUGCAGUUUCCCCUUAAGCUAACACUCUAUUUAGUAUUGCUCGGAGACACUUGAAGUUUUGCUUAUUUCCUGUAGCACGGUGACCUUUACUCUAACCUGCACUUGUGACCUGAGUCCUGUAACGUGUGUUUUGUACCUGCAGUUUUAAACAAUAAAGAAUUUGUGCCAGGUCUAAAGUACAGGUCACUUUCCACAGGUCAAGAUCAGUAGAAGUCACUGCUCCAUUGAUAAAUUACUAAACCACACAGUUUCCCCUCAAAAUAAAAGUACCACUUUUGUAAAGAGAUAUAUUAUGGCUAGGAGACACAUUGCUGUUAAUAUAUCUGUAGCAUGGUGACCUGUUCUCUGACCCGUGGUUUAAACCCACCACUUGAAAGCUCAAUCAGUAACACACUCACUUUUGAGUUAGCAGUUAUUAUAGUCUCCUCAGUUUUUUGUUACUUGGAUAACUAUGUGACAUAAAAGGAUAUGUUGAUAAAUCACCUGUUGGGUUAAUUUAUUGUCAUUAUUUUUUUUAUUUUUGCAUCAUAGGAUGCAGGGGUCCAAGUUGGAGACGUAAUCACUGGAGUUGACAAUACAGACUGCAAAUGGGGAGAUCACUCAUUUGUUGUCUCAUUAAUUCGCAAUACUGAAACCUGCGUAACACUUGAUAUUGUGACACCCAACUCUCUCAAAGAGAUAGCUGAGAUAUACAAUGUUAAACUGGCAAGAGAUGACCAAGUUGUAACAAGUGACUAUAGUGGUUCUAUUGGGAGUAGGAGUUCUAGCUCUUCACGUAACAGUACCCUUAAUGGAUUGUACUCUCUGACUGGAAGCACCCACAGUUCAACUGGUUCAAGACCUGGAACUCCUGUGAAGCACAGUGCUGCGCUAGAAACUGGAAAUGAGUCAAUAAUGUGGUAGCAGAUGGUGGAUGUUAAUAAUUGUGAAUGAGCAGCAAGUUGCUUUCAUUAUAAAGGCAGUCCAAGUGAUCUAUGCAAAAUCUCACUUUUGAAGUAUUCAAGGAAGAGAAUUGUGUGUACUAAAAUUUCUAAAGGCUCAUCUGGUUCUUAAUUUUUUUCUGCAGUCAAGGGAAAUACUUUGAUGGAACCUUGUGUGAGAGGUAGAUUGCAGUUCUACUAUAAAGAAAGACCGUCUGAAUUAGUAACUUUCCCAUAUACAUUUCAGUAAUACUGUAAAUGAUAAUAAAUUAAUACUGCAGUCAUGAUCAACAUACCCUUAAGUAAACAGUACCGUACAAUAGCUGGUCAUGUUAGCAUUUGGAAUGACACAAUAUUUUAUUGUAUAUCAGUGGCAAGUACUAUAGUUUUUUUUUUGUAGAUCACAGGUCACAAGUAAGGUUAGAGGACAGAUCACUGUACAACGGCAAAUAGACAACAGUAAACACCCAAAGUGUCUCCUAGCUAAAAUUAAUUGUAGACUCCACAAUAGAGUUUUAGCUUUAAGAGGAAACUGAUUAUCUCAGCUAUUCAUCAAUAGAGCAGAGACCUGCACUUGUGACCUGUGACCUUUGUUUUGUGCAUGGGAGUAUAUUAUGUUAACUGCAAGUCUGACAGGUGAAUGUUAAUUCAUGUGUCUUGUUUUGCCUACUGUGUAUUUAUUUUGUUAUUGAAAAUAAUUAAUUCUGUAAAUUUGAGUGUAUAAUGUACAUAACUCACCACCUCUGCAAUCAGAACGCUUUUGGAUAUAACAUACUUACAGCAACAUUGUUCCUUAAAUAUUUAGAAUAAACUAAUAGUGAUUGCUUGAAACUAUAAUAUUAUAUUUUUGUCUGAAUACUACUUGACCAAAAAGAAGGCAAGAUUAAUUUCAGAAGAAAAGAAACUUGCAAUGUUUUCAUCAUUGCCUUGAACCUAAGGGCCGUAUUACACUUUAUUAACCUUGUAAACUAGAAAGUUUUAAUAUUAUUGCUUGCUGGAGAGCUUGAUAUGUCUAUUAUUCUAUGUUAAGAGAGUCAUAAUUGGGCAUUAUUAACUGUCGCAACUGUAUGGAUGCAGAAAAAUACAGGAAAAUAGUAACUUGGAAAGUUAUAUAAUACAUAACUAUUUUAUUAUUGGUUCAGCCACACCAUAAUUUACCCAAGCAUGUUAAACUGCUUAAAAUAUUGAAUAUUGUCAUCAUAUUAAAAGAAAAUUAUUAUAACAGAUAUAAAGCUUAUGACCCAAACUACAGUGAUUUAUUCAUAUACAUUCACAAUGUAUAAAAAUAUUAAUUUAAAAAUGUAUUGUCAGAUCGUAUAAAG